AUGGCAAAGACAGCGAGAGGGGGAUCCUUCCAGGAUGCCGUCGAGAUAUUCCGUAUGAUGCCCUGCGUUGGGUAUCUGCUGCUGGCCAUGGCAAAGUCCUACAAGAUGGUGUACCAUCGUCCCGUCUACGAGAACCUGGUUAAUGAGCUGCGCAGCAUGUGGCCGAGGGGCGAGGUGUCUGAUGAAGAGCAUGAGAUCAUCAGCUCCGCUCUGCGACACCUCAACUAUGUUAUUCAAGGUUACUACUGGUGCAACAACGCCCUUCUGGUGAUCUUCUUGUCCCCGCCAUUCGUGGAGAUAUUGAAGAUAGCGAUGGGGCACGACACUCCGCUCAUACUGCCAUUCUUCUACUGGUUUCCCUUCGAUCCCUUCCAAAGAGUUUACUAUGAGGUCAUCUUGGCUGCACAAACUUGGCAUGGUCUGAUAACAAUAUGGUUUAUGUUAUGUGGGGAUUUAUUAUUCUGCAUUUUUCUGAGCCACAUCACCACCCAGUUCGACCUCCUAGCAGUCAGGAUACGCAGACUGGUCUACGUGCCGGUAGACAAGCAGCUGGUCCAUACUUACCCACUCGGUGAAUAUUGCCAAGGCUAUGCUCAAAAGAAUAAGGAUAUAAUAGAUACAUUUAAUGACAACGAUUGGGAAGACAAACAUCAGAGAGAUCUCUCCGAUAUUAUAGAGAGACAUCGAGCUCUAGUCAGGCUCUCCGGUGAUGUGGAAGAGAUGUUCAGCUUUGCUCUGCUCGUCAACUUCUUCAACAGCUCUAUUAUCAUCUGUUUCUGUGGCUUCUGUUGUGUUAUAGUGGAAAAAUGGAACGAGAUGGUUUACAAAUCAUUCAUGACGACGGCGUUGUCGCAAACAUGGCUGCUCUGCUGGUACGGACAGAGGUUACUUGAGUCGAGCCAAGGACUAUCGGAUGCCCUCUACGAAAGUGGCUGGUAUAAAGCAUCACAAAAGAUUAAAAGCUCCGUGCUUAUCAUGCUUCAUAGAGCCCAAAAAGAUGUGCACGUCACGACGUAUGGGUUCUCCAUAAUCUCAUUAGCGAGUUACACAACGAUAAUCAAGACAUCUUGGUCGUACUUCACUCUGCUUCUAAAUAUUUAUAAAAAGUAAAACUUAUCUAUAA